AUGGCUGAUGUCCAAGCCAUGUUCCAUCAGGUCAAAGUCACUCAUGAAGAGCGAGAUGUCUUGAGAUAUUCGUGGUGGUCUGAUGGUGACAGCUCUCGACAGCCGAGUGUGUAUAGGAUGACUGUACACUCCUUCGGCGGUACAUGGAGUCCAAGCUGUUGCACCUUCGCUCUGCAACGUACCGCUGAGGAUAAUCGAGCGGACUUCCAACCCGACGCAGUCGACACAGUCAUGCAGCUGAAGCAAGAAGCCAGUGAUUGGCCGAGCUGGUGUCAGAGCGACGAACAAAAGCACCAGUACAUUCAGCAAUAUUUGGACAAAGAAGGAAUUCAUCUAGAGUGGGACAAGAUCAAGAAAAACCCGGGACUGAGGGCCAUUGCCAAACUCAUGCUUAACAGUUUCUGGGGCAAGUUUGGUCAGAGGCCCAACAUGAGCAAGACUACGUACGUGAAGGACCCUACCGAAUACUUGGACAUGAUGACACGCGAUGGUCUUGAGAUACAGGGCGUGAACUUUGUCAAUGACGAGAUGGUGGAGGUCCAGUGGCAAAACACAGGAGAGUUCGUGGAGUCAUCAGGAAGGACCAAUGUGAUAUUGGCCGCAUACACGACCUGCCAGGCUCGUCUUAAACUGUACGAAGUGUUGGAGAAACUCGACCAGCGAGUAUUGUAUUAUGACACCGACAGUGUAAUAUACGUCAGUCGUGAUGGUGAAUGGGAGCCCGAAACUGGUGACUUUCUUGGGGAACUAACGAACGAAUUAGAAUCGGACAAUCACAUUGUUUCAUUUGUAUCGGGUGGGCCCAAAAAUUAUGCUUACAAAUUAGCCCGGCCAGACAAGGGCGGUUACCUGACUCACUGUAAGGUGCGAGGUAUUACCUUGAAUUAUAGGAACCAGUUCCUUGUUAAUUUUGACACCGUGUCCCAAAUGGUACGCAAUGAGGGUCCAAAGAGAGUACAGGUGACAGAUCCGUACAAAAUAUCGCGAAACAAGAAAACCAUAAACAUUGAAACCAAAGAAGCGAAGAAACAUUACCAGGUUGUUUACACUAAACGUGUACCCUUGGAGAAUUACGACACCAUACCUUACGGAUAUUAAUAAACUGUUCACAUUGUAUGUCAUGAAAUACCCCAAUGGGGUUCAGUUCUGAAUCGAAAAGUCGACUUAAAUGCGAACGAUUUAAUAAUUUCUCAGCCAAAAUAAAACCAGACGGAUUUUUCUAUAAUUAUUCGUUGAUACACUUUGUUUAUUCUGUAGACUUUCACAUAAUUGUUUCAUAUGUAGGCUAGAAAAUAACGUGUGAAUUGGCAGAGUACAU